AUGUCAAGUAAAAAUCAACUUCCACCCCCUAAUCAAGAUAUCGAAUCAUUAUGUUAUCUAGAAACAAUGUUUCAAGAACAUGGUUACGAUGACGGGUUUAAGGCUGGUGAAGAAUCAGGGGAAUUAGAAGGUCGUAUUGUUGGUUGUGAAAAGGCUUUUGAUUUAGGAAAAGAAAUUGGAUUUUAUUCAGGAUGUGUAGAAAUGUGGACUGAGUUAUGUAAUCAAUAUCCUGAUAGAGUAUCUUCAAAAGCUCUAAAACAAAUUGAAGGGUUAAAAAGGUUGAUUGAUAGUUUUCCUACCUUUAAUGAUCACGAUGUUGACUUGUUUGCUUUAAGAGAUAAAAUGAAAAACAAGUUGCGAGUCAUUAGUUCAUUACUUGGUGUCAAUCAAAAAUAUAUUAUGGCAGAGGCACCCAAAAUGACCUACUAA